GGCUGAGGAUCGCCUAGAGUUGCUAUUGGUUCAGAGUUCAGACCUGAAGCAUCCGGCGUAGAGCAAGUGUUGUUUUUCGACUGUGAUCAAAAGUCGGAUAAGCUAAGGAUUGGAGGCUUGACUACAAACGGGUUUAAACGUUCAAGCUUCCCCAGAGCUGAACUCGAUUUUCAACUUCUUCUCAUUUUACCUGGGCACGUUUUACUUCAUCCUUCGGCAACGACAGUCAAGCUACCUAAAUCAUCGAUUCUGAAAUCAUCAUGUCUUUUAUCAAAGUGGAUCCUCAGAGUGAUUUCUCCUUUGAGAAUUUGCCUUAUGGAGUGUUCAGCUUAGAUCAGAAUGGUCCUCGACACAUCGGGGUCGCUAUUGGGGAUAAUGUGCUCGACUUGAGCAAGAUUAAGCAUUUGUUCACGGGGAAACUAAUGCAACAUCAACAGCAUGUCUUAGAAAAGGCUACAUUGAACGACUUCAUGGCUUUAAGUCAUGAACAUUGGAAGGAAGCUCGCCAAACCAUUCAAAAGCUUCUCUCGGCUGAUUGCUCAACCUUGAAGGAUGAUGACAAGCUUCGUGCCGAGGUGUUUGUUCCAAUGAGUAAAGUGUUCAUGCACUUGCCGGCUCAAAUUGGUGAUUACACGGAUUUCUACUCAUCCUUAGACCAUGCCACUAACGUCGGUACCAUGUUCAGAGGCAAAGACAACGCCCUGAUGCCCAACUGGAAGCACAUCCCAGUGGGAUAUCAUGGCCGGGCCAGUUCAGUGGUGGUCAGUGGUACUGCAAUCCACCGUCCAAAUGGCCAGACACGCCCCUCUGAGGAUGAGCCCCCAAAGUUCGGCCCUUGUCGCUUACUGGACUUUGAGCUGGAGAUGGCUUUCUUCGUCGGAGGCGGGAACCAGAUGGGCCAACCCAUCCCUAUUGAAAAGGCACAUGAGCACAUCUUUGGCAUGGUUCUCAUGAACGAUUGGAGCGCCAGAGACAUUCAAAAAUGGGAGUACGUUCCUCUCGGACCAUUCCUCGCCAAGAACUUUGGAACGUCCAUCUCCCCCUGGGUCGUCCCCAUGGAAGCCUUAAUGCCUUUCGCAGUGGAUAACUACACUCAAGUUCCCAAACCAUUUCCUUACCUGCAACAUGACGACAAGUAUACCUUCGAUAUCCAAUUAGAAGUGUCCAUCCAGCCUGACGGAGCCAGCCAAUCCAGCCCGCUCUGCCACUCGAACUUCCGCCACAUGUAUUGGACCAUGAAACAGCAACUGGCUCAUCACAGUGUGACCGGAUGCAACAUGAGACCGGGGGACCUUUUGGCUUCGGGAACGAUUUCAGGACCAGAGGAGACCUCGUAUGGAUCCAUGUUGGAGUUGUCAUGGAGAGGAAGCAAGACUUUGGAGUUGAAGAAUAACACGGGAGAGACGAGGAAAUUCAUCCAAGAUGGAGACAAUGUGAUCAUUAAAGGCUUUUGUCAGGGCAACGGAUCUAGGGUCGGAUUUGGUCUUUGUGAAGGGAAAAUCCUCCCUGCUCAUAAAAUGUGAGAACGCUCUUGAUUGGCCGUGAGGCGAACCUUCAUCUUAAUUAUGUAAUUGUGCAAAGCAGUCGAAAUAUAAGAAAAAUGCAAUGAAA